AUGGAUACAUUUCGAGCACUCGAAAAUGGGGAAACUUUCCCUCAUAAAGAAGAGAUAAACAUGAGAAAAGCGUUCGUCUCUUCUCUCGCGAAAAGAAGGAGCGUAAAAAGUUGUCGUCCUUUUCGAGCGACCACCGCACGCGUAAACGAAAAUGUCGUUCGGUCCGUUUCUUCUUCGUAUUCUUCUCCCGUGAGUAGUUUCGCGUCCUCGUUUUCAUCGUCGUCGUCGCAAAGGACGAGAUUGGAUCAAAACGACGUCUCGGGGGUGAGACCGUUAUCAACAAGAUUCGUGGAAAACCUUAGUACUUUUCCUUCUUCGGCGAGGACGAAAAAAAGGACGAUUCGAACGACAUCGAGAGGGUUCGCGAGCGCGAGCGCGGAUACGGUGAAAAGCGGGGACGACGACGAUGAUUUCGGUGACGACGACGAGGGAGAGGAGGAAAGGAAGAAAGGGAAAGAAGGGAAAGCGAAAGGAAGUAAUAGCAGUAGCAGCGCGACGACGACGAGUACAACAGAACCACCACCAGCAGCAAAUUCAAUCAUCAAAUCGAAGAAAACGAGCGAUUUAGAACCGAUCACGUUACAAUCGUUAACCGGAGACUUAUCUUUCGGCGCCGGCGCGGAGGCGGACGACUUGACGCCGACGAAAGUGGUGAAACUUUUGGACGAUUACAUCGUCGGCCAAAACGCGGCGAAAAGAGCCGUGGCGGUCGCGCUGAGAAACCGAUGGCGUAGACACCGGUGUCCGGAAGAUUUGAGAGACGAAAUCGUGCCGAAGAAUAUUUUGAUGAUUGGGCCGACGGGAUGCGGGAAGACGGAAAUCGCCAGACGGUUGGCGAAGAUCACCGAGUCGCCGUUCGUGAAAGUCGAGGCGACGAAGUUUACGGAGGUUGGAUUUCACGGCCGAGACGUGGAUCAAAUUAUUCGAGAUUUGAUGGAUAACGCGAUCACGUUGACGAAGACGAAACUUAAGCAACGAUUUAAAUCGAGAGUGGCGGAGAUGAUUGAAAACAAGAUUUUGGAUUUCGUUUGCGGAGAGAGCGCGUCGGAGGAAACGAGGGAGGCGUUUCGAGCGUUAUAUCGUGAAGGCGCGUUAGACGAUCGGUUGAUUGAAGUGGAGUUACCGGAAGGCGCCGGUGGAAAUCCCGAUGGCGUUCGGUUUGAUCCGUCGGCUGGUCCGUUACCGAUCCACGAGUUAGUCAUUAAAGUAGACAAGAUGUUUUCCAAGAAGGGAGGCGCGGGAGGUUCCCAUCCGUCCAUGAACAAGAGAAAAAUGACCGUGCGCGAGUGUAAACCAGUCAUCGAAGAAGCUGAAUUUGAUAAAUUGCUAACCCAGGAAGCCAUCGCGAAAGAGGCGGUGAUUGCGGUCGAGUCCGAUGGGAUUGUCUUCAUCGACGAAAUCGAUAAGAUUGUUUCCAGUUCGGAUUCUCGACAUGGCGCCGACGCCUCUUCGGAAGGCGUGCAGCGGGACUUACUUCCAAUCAUUGAAGGGUCGGUUGUUUCUACGAAAUACGGGAACGUUUCUACAGACCAUAUUUUGUUCAUCGCGUCCGGUGCGUUCAGCCAAAACAAACCGAGCGAUAUGUUGGCAGAGUUACAAGGCCGAUUACCCAUUCGCGUGGAAUUGAAAGGUUUAACCAAGGACGAUUUACAUCGGAUUUUAACCGAACCGAAAGCGAACAUUUUGAGACAACAAAGAGCGCUGAUGGAAACUGAGGACAUAAACUUAGAGUUCACUAAAGAAUCAGUCUUGAGAAUGGCGGAAUUGUCCGAGGAAAUCAACUCGAACGUCGAUAACAUUGGCGCUCGACGGUUACACGCCAUCGUCGAACGCAUAUGCGAAAAGAUUAGCUUCGACGCGCCGGAGGAGGCGAGGAAGCACAAAGAAAAAGGAUUGGACGGUAAGUGUACGGUAACGAUCGAUGUAAAAGAGGUGGAAGAAGCGAUUGGAGAUUUGCUCAAGAAGAAAGAUUUAGCGAGAUUUGUUUUAUAA